AUGCGACAAUCAAUUAUUGCUAGAUGAACAAAUAAGUUAACCGAUCAAAGCAACUAAUCCAAAAACCACAACCCUAAAUCCUAGUCAACAAGCUAAUGAUUCUAGCAAUCAUGGUCACCAACAUAACACAACUUCAACUACUCCAUGAUAGCAAACAACUGAAGGUUAACUUGAAACAAAUCACAACACUAUAUUCACUCGAAUUUAAAUCAUCUCAGUUCAAAUUUCUCUUAAUUAUUUUAUUUUAUUUUUCAAAUUUUAUUUUCAGUUUAGAUUGAAAGUUUACAUAUAAAUAUCUUAAGACCAGUUAGAUGGUCAGAAUAAAAAAAUGUAUGCCUCAAAUAAGAUUAGCUCUUAUGAGAAAUCUAUCAACAUAUUUUUAAGUUUUUAUCAAUAUUUUGUUUUAGACAUCUUAAAACUUGCCAAAAAAAUGAUAAUUCUUAUUUUCUUAUCUUAAUGGUGUAAUUGUAUUUGAAGAAUUAAAUUAAUUUGAUUAAGAGAACUGAAAGUGAUGCUCAAGUAAGUGACACUGCUGCUGCAUCUCCAUCCUUAGUUCAAAAAGCCACCUGUUACUGUAACAAAAAACCACCUGCUAUGUCCCUCCAACACAAACACAAACACACUCAAACUCACACCUUCCCCCAUGUCCCACCUCCACUCCCUAAACCCUUUCAAAUUGAACCCGGUUCACUCUUCCAUCAAACCCGGUUCACUCCACCCAUUCUCCUCACCACCCACACGCACCGUCGUUUCCUCCCUUCCCAACAAAACCCUCCCCGCGUUUCCAAACCCUAAUUUCGCCAAUCUUCUAUCCUUUUCCGCUCGCACUAAAAACAUCCGUUUAGGAAAAUCGAUUCACGCCUCAAUUCUCAUCACUGGAUUCAACAAAACCCCAUUCGUUAUCAAUUCCCUCAUCAACAUGUACUCCAAAUGUAAUCGAAUCGAAACUGCGAGGUUUUUAUUUGAUUCUAAUGAAAAUGAAUUGGAUGAUGUUUCUUGGAAUUCAAUUAUUGCUGGUUAUGUUAGGCUAGGUUGUAAGAGUAGUAAUCAAGAGGCUUUUCGCCUUCUAGUUAGAAUGCAUCGAUAUGGAUUUGUUUUUAGUGAUUAUAGUUUAACUAGUGUGCUUAAUGCUUGUUGCUUUGAUAAUAAUAAUACUAAUAAUAAUAAGAAUAAUAAUUGUUUUGGGAGAAUUGUUCAUGGAUUUGCAAUUAGGCUUGGUUUGGAUUUGAAUGUUGUCGUUGGAACUGCAUUACUUGAUAUGUAUGCGAAAAACGGAUGUUUAUCGGAUGCGAUUAGGGUUUUCGAGAGUUUUAAUCGGCGGAAUGAUUUUAUGUAUAAUGCUAUGAUAGCUGGAUUGUUAAUAGGGAAGAGUGGAUUGUGCUGUGGGAAUUCACGAGAUGCUCUUGGUGUUUUUGCUGAGAUGCAGAGGGAGGGAUUGAAGUGUUCAAAGUUUACAUUUUCGAGUAUUGUUAAGGCUUGUGUUGGUGUUGGAGAUUUUGAAGUUGGAAGGCAAAUUCAUGCUCAAAUUUUUAAGAGUGGUCUUGAGGGUGAUGAGUUUGUUGGAAGUUCGUUGGUGGACUUGUAUUCAUUUUUUGGUUCGAUUGAAGAUGGGUUGAGGUGUUUUGAGAUGACGCCUAAAUUGGAUGUUGUCUCGUGGACUUCAGCGAUUGCAGGUUGUGUUCGAAAUGGACAGUUUGAAAAUGCUUUGUCUUUGUUUGAUCAAUUUUUGGCUAACGGGAGAAAAUUGGAUGAGUUUAUUGUAUCAAGUGUGAUGGGUGCUUGUGCAGAUAUGGCUGCAAAAAGGACUGGAGAGCUGAUUCAGGGUUAUGCAUUGAAAUUUGGUGUUGCAAAUUUUACCAUUGUUAAAAACUCGCAGAUUUGCAUGUAUGCGAAGUCCGGAGACAUAGAUUCUGCUUGGACGACCUUUCAAGAAACGGAGAAUCCUGAUGUUGUAUCCUGGUCUGUAAUGAUUGGUAGCUAUGCACAGCAUGGUUUUGCUAAGGAAGCGCUUCGACUUUUUGAGUUGAUGACUAUCUCUGGAGUUAAGCCUAACCAGGUCACAUUGCUUGGGGUCCUAACUGCUUGUAGCCAUGGAGGUCUUGUUGACGAAGGAUUAAGAUACUAUGAAACCAUGAAGAAAGAUUAUGGAAUAGAAGCUAAUGUAAAGCAUAGUGCUUGCAUUGUUGACCUCUUAGGGCGUGCAGGAAGACUAGAGGAAGCUCGGAGAUUUAUUUUGGAUUCUGGUUUUGAGGAUGACCCGGUAAUGUGGCGUGCCUUGUUAGCUGCUUGCAAGGUCCAUAAGGACACUGACAUGGGAAAACGUAUUGCUGAAAGAGUAAUAGAGCUUGAACCUCGUGAAGCUGCAUCUUAUGUGCUUCUUUACAACAUUUACAAUGAUGUGGGGAAAAAGAAACACGCUUUAGAGGUUCGGAAGCUCAUGCAAGAUCGAGGAGUUAAAAAGGAACCUGGUAUAAGUUGGAUCGAGGUAGGAAAUACGGUUCAUACAUUUUUGGCGGAUGAUCGUUCUCAUCCAAUGAGUCAGUUGAUUUAUUCAAAGUUGGGAGAAAUGUUGGUGAAGAUAAAAAAAAGUAGCAUUGACAAUGAGAAGCUUCCUUUGGGCAUCUCUGAAACCGAACAUAGCAGUACUACUGGUAUGAACCACCAUAGUGAAAAGUUAGCUGUAACUUUUGGAAUUAUAUCUUUACCAGAAUCAGCACCAGUGAGGGUGAUGAAGAACUUGAGGGUUUGCUCUGAUUGCCAUACAACAAUGAAACUCAUCUCCAAGGUCGAGAAAAGAGAAAUAAUUCUUCGAGAUGCUAUUCGUUUCCAUCAUUUCAAAGAUGGUUUAUGUUCUUGUAAAGAUUACUGGUAACAAAAAGACCAGUUCCUUUCAUAGCAUCGUUUUGACAAAAUCAAUCAAUCCCCCGUGGCAUCAUAUAGGAAAAAUGGUACUUAGAUGUAUUAAAUGAAGGAAAGGCAUUGCCAAGCUCCUAGGCCAACAGUCUUAAAUCUCCUCUGUUUUAACAGAAUGUGUGGUGACUAAAAUUAAUGACAAUUGCCCUAAUUGCAAGUACCAGUAUUGUCAAAUAUCGACCAUGGGGAUUGCGGUGGCAGAAUUUUCGAAAACUGUCAUGGAUAGUUUGUGAAGGAUGGUGGCACCAUGGUCUGCCAUCUGCCAUCAAUAACUCUGGCAAGUACGUGAAAUCAAAUACUUUCUGCUAAAACAUUUUAGAAUUGGUGGAUUAAGUAUAUAUACUUCAGAGGAGGGAGAAAGACAAGAUCGUUUUCUAGCAAAAUAAGAAAGUUUGGACUUUUUGAGCUCAACACACUGAUAUUAAGAACAGAACCAAGGUACUGAAUAUCCUCAUUACUAAUGUAAGUUGUGCUUCGCUUGCUUUUUGUUUCUCUAACUGUGCUUCUUAUGUUAUGACCUAUCUAGUGGCUGACAGAUAUGUCUAAGCUACUAAUUAAUAUAAUGUGAAAAUAUUUGCACACGUGAAUCUUAUUCAUAAAUAUGAAAUGAAUAUGAAAACUUGAAGAUUGGAGAGGUUUGACCAUGGAGCUGAAUGUUAAACUCCUACUCUAACUCUAGGUUAGAAGAAGCAACAUGUGGUUGAACAUCAUAAUUUAUGUAAUGGUAGUAUCACUAUUCACCAUCGUUGCAAGAGCUUAGGAUUCAGAUAUGUAAGGCUGCAACAGUUUCUUUGAAGUCAUUAAAUAAUUGAGUAAUGGUCUUGAUGCAACAGUGAUGUGCUUAUCGUAUCAUCAAAACUGGAGAAAUGGUGAGCAAGAAAGUCAACUUUUUCCGUCUUAUUUUGAGCUUACCAGUGGCUAAAUUUGGAGGUGAAGGCAAAAACAACAAUUUGAGGAUAUUUUUUCAAUCCAAAAAUUCUUUCAACCUUUUUAUGAAUCAUCGCAAUUAGCCAAAAUUGUGUCAUAAAGUCUCUCAAAGGUACUCUUAGAUAGAGUAACUCGAUUUCUACUCAUAUAAUAUAUUCAUUUUAGCUCUUACUAUUUUAUUUAA